UGCAUUGGAGAUUCUUAGUAUCUAGUCAGACGCCUGAAGGUUAGAUAAGAGAUGCUUCAGGGUAAGGUUUGAUUGGGUAAGGGAUGAGGUAGGAGUAGGACCACCCAAAUAAGCGCGAAUUAUACGUUGGAGGAUAGAGUGCAGGGAAACAAUGGAGAUUCUGGAGCCUUUCUCUUCAAAAAAACAGCACCCAAAAUCAUAACCGUCAUCAACAACAGGAACUAUGUAUAAUAUUCUUUGCGUCUCCAGAGCCUCCCCUUCUUCUUCCCCACAUAGAUUGAGAGAGAGGGAUAGACAGGGCACUGUAAAAUUGUAAAAGAAAAGGCAAAGAGAGAGAUGUUUGGGAGAGCACCAAAGAAGAGUGACAACACAAGGUACUAUGAGAUAUUAGGGGUGUCAAAGAAUGCCAGCCGAGAUGAUUUAAAGAAAGCUCACCGGAAAGCUGCCAUCAUUAUCAAGAACCACCCUGAUAAAGGUGGUGAUCCUGUCAAGGUACAAAUUAUCAUGGAUUGUAUUGAAAAUUACUGCAGUUUAAAGAGCUGGCCUGAAAAACGCGAAAUUUAUGAUCGCCAUGGGGAAGAAACACUCAAGGACGGAAUGGGUGCUGGCGGUGCUGCCCAAAACAACCCUUUUGACCCUUUUUAAUCUUUCUUUGGUGGGAGUAGCCGAGGGAGGAGGCAGAGACAACGGGGAGAGGAUGUGGUUCAUUCAUUGAAGGUGUCAUUGGAGGAUCUGUACCUUGGAACAUCAAAGAAGCAUUCUCUAACCUGGAAUGUGAUUUGCUCCAUGUGCAAUGGAAAGGGAUCGAAAUCUGGAGGGUCGAUCAAGUGCGGUGUCUGCCAAGGAAGUGGCAUGAAGGUCUCGAUAAGGCAACUCGGGCCUUCAAUGAUUCAACAGAUGCAGCGUCCUUGCAAUGAAUGCAAGGGAUCGGGAGAGACCAUAAGAGAUAAGGAUCGUUGCCCACAGUGCAAGGGGGAGAAGGAUGUUCCAGAGAACAAGGUUUUGGAAGUUAUAGUGGAGAAAGGGAUGCAGAAUGGACAGAAGAUUACCUUCCCUGGUGAAGCUGACGAAGCGUUGUUCACUGGUGAUAUCGUCUUUGUCCUUCAGCAGAAGGAACACCCAGAAUUUAAAAGAAAGGGAGAUGAUCUUUUUGUGGAACAUACUCUGUCGCUCACUGAGGCUCUCUGUGGCUUCAAGUUUGCAUUGACACAUCUUGAUGGCAGGCAGCUUUUUAUAAAAUCGAACCCUGGGGAGGUUGUCAAACCUGAUUCAUAUAAGGCAAUCAAUGAUGAGGGUAUGCCAAUGUACCAAAGGCCAUUCAUGAAAGGGAAGUUGUACACCCACUUCACCGGAUUUCCUGAUUCUCUGACUCCUGAUCAAGUUAAAGCAAUGGGGACUAUUCUGCUUAGGCCAUUAAGUCAGUUGACAGAUAAGGGGGUGGAUGAGUGUGAGGAGACUACACUGCAUGAUGUUAACAUUGAAUAGGAAAUGAUGAGGAAGCAGCAGGCUCGCAAGGAAGCAUAUGAUAAGGAUGAGGGCAUGCCUCAUGGUGGUCAGAGGGUCCAAUGCGCUCAGCAGUGAGAUAACUGAAUUGAAUAGUGUAGGAAUGAGGAGGAAACCAAAGGGUUGUCAGUAACUUUGGAUUGGAAGCGUUGUUGGGUGGCAACACUCGUACUUCACUUGUGAAACAUGGAUGAUUUCGAAAAUUUUUCAGGAACGGCCUUCCUUAUGGCACAAUAUGUUUCUCUUGACAGUGAAAUAUAAAUGUUAAAAGUGCUUAGUUGUUCCAUGUA